UUCACGUCACUGUCAACUAAUAUAUGUAUGUUGCUCUUAAUUUACAAUUAGUACUCAUGUCGUUGAAGAAGGACUUUGCGUACAACGAUAAAUUGUCGUUUGUGGCUGAAUGGCAUCAUCAAGAGAACAUAAUAAUAUUAACAUUAAAUUUCUAUCCGAUAGACGGCACUUUAGAAUUAUUGGACCCACACGGCCACAAAUGCUUUUUGAAAAGGACGAAGAUAAAAAAUAUCGAACUGAAGGAUGUGUAUCCGUGCACCACCUUGGUAAUUUUUGGUAGGAUGAUACGUGUCGUGGACUAUAUGAAUUGUUUCACUCAAAGUUUUAUUGGAUCCACUCAAGAACGUGCGUUAAUAAUAAUAAAGCCGUUGGUUAAAUAUCAGCAGUACGGUGAAAUUAUAUCGGUUAUGGAAAGACAUUUUCGCAUUGCCAACAUAAAAAGAAUCAUGCUUAACGAAGAAUACGCAUUUGAACUGUACUCAGGCCCCAGUUUUUCAAACGAUAAGAACACGGCCUUCCUUAGAAACCACAUAGCAUCCGGUCCAAUAGUCGUUCUGGAGUUGGUGAGCGAAAAUGCCAUUCAGAACGGUCUGAAACUGCUGGGACCAUCCGAUCCCGUGAUAGGAAGAAAAGAGGCACCCAACAGCCUUAGGGCCAUAUACGGCUACGAAAGAGUGACGAACGCCUUCCACCUUUCAACGACUCCGGAAGAAAUAAAUCGAGAAAUCACUCUGUUACUAAGAAAUCGCAGCGCGCCUAUAACGGCGGAAAUCGGCAACAACACGAUAUGUCUGAUAAAACCGCACGUGGUCCGUAACAAAAUGCUAGGCGAAAUCAUGACCUACAUAUGCAAACGGAACUUCACCAUCACGAUGAUACAAAUAUUUUAUUUGGAACGCAACGAGGCCGAAGAGUUUUUAGAAGUGUACCGCAGCGUUGUGGAAAACUUCGACCGUUUAGUGGACAGUCUUCUGUGUGGCCCGUGCGUCGGCUUGGAAAUUGGAACGUUGGACCCUAAUGUGCCGGCCCAGCCGACUUUCAGAGAGGUGUGUGGGCCGCACGAUCCCGAUAUUGCACGCCAGAUUAGACCCGGCACGAUACGAGCCCAGUUCGGGGUGGAUAAGUUCAACAACGCAGUGCACUGCACUGACUUAGCAGAGGAUGCUGCAAUCGACUUGGAAUAUUUCUUUAAAAUUUUACAAUAAAUUUAAUUCACAGUCUUUAUCAAAUAUACUUUGACAAAAUUAAGUAAAUUAUACAAAAUGGCACUAUAUAUAUACAAAUAAAAUUUUAUAAAUCAGUU